AGUGCCAAUCGACGUUUUCGUGAGGAAACAGCAACAUAAUUCCGAUCGAACUUUGUACCCAGCGUGUACCCCCGUCAAUGUGAUCGGUUACGAUUUAGUAACCUUUAGUAGCAACCUUUGCGCUGAGUGUUGAACAUCAACCAACGUGCCAAGUUUUUCGUGCAGGGAUGGCUUCCGGAACAGUGAAAAAAUUCGGUGACCUAGUCGGUUCGAUUGACGAAGGCACCAGCUCCGCUCGGUUUCUGUUGUUUCGUGCCGAAACGGCCGAAGUGGUUUGCUUUCACCAGAAGGAGCUGCGACAAAGCUACCCCCAGGAGGGUUGGGUCGAACAGGAUCCCAACGAAAUCCUCAACGUUGUGUAUGAGUGCAUCGAACGCACGCUGGAGAAAUUGAUUGAACUGGGUGGCAAUCCAGCCACUGACAUCGUUGCCAUCGGAGUGACGAACCAACGCGAGACGACCAUCGUCUGGGAUCGCACCACAGGCGAACCAUUAUAUAAUGCGAUCGUGUGGCUCGAUAUGCGGACGUCCUCCACUGUGGAGCAGCUGCUAGAGACAGUCCCGAACAAGACGAAGAAUAAAAACUACCUGAAACCGCUUUGCGGUUUGCCGCUGUCGCCGUACUUUUCCGCCGUCAAGCUACGCUGGCUGAUCGACAACGUGCCGAAAGUGAAGGCGGCCAUCCGAAGCGGAAACUGCCUAUUCGGAACGGUCGAUAGCUGGUUGAUCUGGAACUUGACCGGCGGUCCGAACGGAGGCGUCCACGUGACGGACGUUUCGAACGCAUCGCGCACGAUGCUGAUGAACAUCGAGACGCUGCAGUACGACAAAACGCUUGGCAAGUUCUUCGACGUACCGCUCGAGAUUCUGCCCGAAAUACGCUCCAGCUCGGAGGUGUACGGUUUGGUUAGGUUUAAGCCACUACAGGGCAUUCCGCUGGCCGGUUGUCUCGGUGACCAACAAGCAGCCUUGGUUGGACAGGAGUGUCUGACACGUGGCCGAGCCAAAGCUACCUACGGCACCGGAUGCUUCUUGCUGUACAACACAGGCACGGCCAUGAUUGAUUCGUUCCACGGAUUAAUCACCACCGUCGCCUACCAGAUGGGCCCGGAUGCGCUGCCGGUGUACGCGUUGGAGGGUUCAGUUGCCGUGGCCGGUGCCGCUCUCGGGUGGCUGCGGGACAACGUGAACCUGCUUGCAAAUGCGUCCGAAUCGGAAAGUCUCGCCCUGGGAGUCGAGAACAAUGGGGACGUUUAUUUCGUGCCGGCAUUUAGCGGACUGUACGCACCGUACUGGAACCAGGAUGCGCGGGGCGUCAUCUGUGGCAUCACCGAGGACACACAGCGCGGGCACAUCAUACGGGCGGCGCUUGAAGCCAUCUGCUUCCAAGUGCGCGACAUUUUGGAUGCCAUGAACAAUGACUGUGGCACGCCGCUACAAAAGCUUAAGGUGGACGGUGGAAUGACGGUCAAUAGCUCCAUGAUGCAAUGGCAAGCGGACUUGAUCGGGCUGGAUGUGCUGAAACCGACGUUUGUGGAAACGACUGCCUUGGGUGCUGCAAUGGUGGCGGGUCGUGCCGUGGGCAAGUGGGACAUCGAAAACGUUAGCGUGGAAAGCAGCUGUACGGUCUUCAAGCCGCAGAUCAGCGAAGAUGAACGAGACAUGCGUUACAGCAAGUGGAAGAUGGCAAUCGAGCGAUCCUUUGGCUGGGAGAACUCUCUGUGAUUUGACAAGCGAACGCCCGAAGGGACUUUUUCAUUGCUCUCGAUGCCUACGUUGUCAACUGACAUCUUGUGUUUGCCAUGUUACGGUGCUCUACUGUUAAAGGAUUCUGCUUCAUUGGGGACGGGUUACUAAAGGAGGGAUUGUUUCAUUAUUUGCUAGGUCUAUCUUUAAUCUUAUCUAAGAAUAAAACAAAAUUAAAGUGCUCAACGAAACAUUAUUGAAUCCCAAUUAUAAACGUCGGAUGAAGUAAUCGAAUAGAAACGUGCAUUUUUAAUGGCUUUAUAUCUUAUUUAUUUUUG